CUCCUCUUCACGCGUGAAGAGUGCAUCGAGAUCAGAUGGAAUCAUGCUUCAAAAUGAAGACAUGUAUUUAUCACUGUCUUUAUCUGUUCAUGCUUAUGAACAUAAGCAUAUUGUUUGCAAUUCUUGUUGUGAUACGUCUUGGAAUUUUACUUAUAACCAAAGGCCCCAGAAAAAUGUUUAAAUCCACACAACGUGAAAGCCCACCAACUUGCUUGAUGGACCCAAAAUUAGGAACACAUGGAUAUCUUUACAUUGAGGAUGUUCGAAUUCAUUAUGUAAGUAAAGGUGAUUCUGAUAAACCACUAAUGCUUUUGAUGCAUGGUUUUCCUGAAUCUUGGUAUUCCUGGAGGCAUCAGCUGAAGGAAUUUUCAGACAAUUAUAGGGUAGUGGCUGUUGAUUUAAGAGGUUAUGGCGACUCAGACAAACCAUCAGGGAUAUCUCAAUACAAAAUGGAUAAACUAGUUAAAGACGUGAAACAAAUAAUCACAGCUUUGGGCUAUAGUUCUUGUGUUCUUGUUGGUCAUGACUGGGGGGGUGCUAUAGCUUGGAUAUUUUCUGGACUGUACCCAGAGAUGGUGGAAAAGGUCAUUGUUUUGAACUGCCCUCACCCACAUGCAUUCAAGAAGUAUUUACAAACUAACUGGGCUCAACUCAAAAAGUCUUGGUAUAUGUUUUUCUUCCUAAUUCCCAUUCUUCCUGAUAUCUAUGUGAGGCUGUUUGAUAUGAAAUUCUUUGACAUAAUUUUCCGAGGAACAAAGGGUGGAGUUUUGACCAAUGCUACUACUCAAGAAGAUGUUGAUGCAUAUAAAUACUUAUUUUCUAAGCGAGGUUCCUUGACUGGACCAAUGAAUUACAUUCGUGCAGCAUUACUGUGCAGACCGGAAUCUACAACUCGUGGAAAGGUUAAAACACCUGUUCUGCUGUUGUGGGGUUGUCGUGACUUAGCUAUUGAGAAAGGUCAAGCUGAAAAGUGUAAAGACUACGCAGAAGACCUUACAAUAAAGUAUUUACAUGACGCUAGUCACUGGGUACAGAUGGAUGAACCAGAUACUGUUAACUUGUAUAUUAGAGAAUUUAUCCAAAAAUAAAAGACAAAUUUUGUAUUAUAUUUUUUUAAUUGAACUCCUAGUCUUUCAUAUAACAUGAGUAUUGUUGCAGACUACAAUUCUUGUUAAAAUUCAGUAUCUGGAACAUUUAUGCCUAAAUUGUAUCGGUGAGCUGGAUUUGCCAUAAACUGCUUUCCAGUUGAUUUUUAAAAAAUGUUAAUAUUGCUUCUCUUGUUUGCAUUUAUACUGUAUGUAAUCAGUUUUUCCAUGUAACUACAGAAAUAAGAUAUCUGACAUUUUGAGUAUUUGACACCCUGACUUGUUUAAUGUGUAAAACUUUUCUUUAGUAUUGAUGUGAACAUAUACAUUUUGACAAAAGAUUAUUCAGCUUCAUAAUUAUAUUUAUAACACUAAUGGGUUAUAUUUUACCCUUUACUCAUAUUGUAUAAGCUAAAGGUUAUAUAUAGUUAAAUUUCAUGUUUUUAACAAUAAUGGAAGCAAAUCUUGCCAACUAUAUGCACUAUUUGUAACUGACAUUAGUAUCAAAGUUACAGUUUGCACCAUCAGCUGUAUAUUCUAGACAGAACUUUUAAAUCUUAUGCACUUAGUAGUCAGGCAUAAAAACCUUUCAUAAUUUUAGUUUAAAAAAUGACUCACUUGUAAUUAUAGUUUCUGUCUAUUUAGCAUAAUUCGCUAUUACAGUGCAUACAAAUUACCAGCAUCAAUCAUUACAUAUUUUCAAAACAAUAAAUUUAUGACUGCAUUUAUUAAACUUUCUGCAUAUGUCCACCAAAGAUAUACAAUAAUUCAUGAAUCAUGCAUUAAAUACAACAUCUACAUCAUCACUAUUAAGAUUCACAUACAACAAUUCUCCAGAGACUUUAGGCAAGUUUUUAAUGUGAGGAAUUGAUUCUGAAAUGUAAAUAUUAAAAAAAGUUAAUAAGCUGUAUUUUAGAAUUUUCUUUUGGUUUUUUUUAUUUUCCAACACAGCAUGUGUGAGCAUUGAUUGUAGUUUAAGGAAACAUUUCAGUGGUAUGUUAUAUAGUUAUAUAAUAUUUUAAAAUAUUUAGUUUCCUUACCUAAGUCAUGGAGUGAGAAUCUAUCUGUGCCCUGGAAAUGAAAAUUUAAAGUGUAGCAUAAAUGGUCAAAGGGACUUAAUGCAAACUGCAUGUUUGAAAAACAAACUUCAACCCGCUAUAAAUUUAAUACUGAUUUAAUUAUAGAUCUACAAUGCAGAUGUAAAUUUUAACAAUACUUAAAUAAUUUAUAUCUCUGUUUAUUUUUAAUUACUUCAAAUUAGGCUUACUAAUUGUACUAUUUUAAAAUUUACAAUACAUUUUAUUAUGUUUUAAUUAAACAAUUUCAUAAGCAGAGAAACAUUUUUAAAUAUGAGCAAAUGUAUUAGGGAAGGUAUCUACAAUAGUUUAAAACUUACCUUAAUUUUAGCAGGACUUUGGAUUACAUGCUUUUGUUUUAAUGUUUUGGGAGGAUCAGAUUCAUAACUUGUACUAGCUGAACACUCUUGUGAAGGUGAACCCAGAGGGGCUGAUAAUUUGAUUAUUGGAUCCAAGUGAGGUUUUUUUGGUUGUAUUUGAUCUGUUGAAUUUGAAGAACUCUGGCUUUCAUGUUCAGAACCUGACUUUGAUUUCCUCUCUGAAAUACCUGUGAAUAUAUGUCAGCCAUAUAAUUAUAUAACCAUACUAUCUAUUCAAGUGUUGAAAUGUAUCUCAGUCAGGUAGAUUCUACAUGAUAUGGGUAAAGUCUUCAAAAUGUAAAAUACUAAGAUUCUGACCUGUUAUCUAUUUAAACUUUUAAAUAAAAUUUACUUAAACAUA